AUGUCGAGUCCAGCGCGUGCAUCGUCGCCUGAUGGCACAGUGAAGAAAACGGAAACCGUGGGCACUAUUGAGGAGCCCAACACGCUGAAAGGCUAUGGCUCUGUCCCGGGUGUGAUGGACGAGGUGACCCGAGUGGUCGACCACAAGGCUGAACGGCGUCUCUGUCGGAAGUUUGACUAUCGCCUGCUUCCUAUUCUAGCGGUCAUGUAUUUAUUUAAUGCCCUAGACAAAGGAAACUUGGGAAACGCAGAAACUGAUGGGAUGAGUAAAGACCUGAACUUCAAGCCGAAUGAGUACAAUCUCCUAUUAUCGAUCUUCUUUGUUCCAUUCGUGAUAUUUGCACCGCCAUUCUCGAUGCUUGGAAAGAAAUUCAGUCCAGCGCGUGUACUUCCGAUCCUGAUGUUCUCAUUUGGUUCAUUCACGAUGCUCUCUUCGGCCGCCUACAAUUUCAGUGGCAUGUUCGCCUUGCGCUGGUUCCUGGGCAUGUCCGAGGCUGCAUUCUUCCCGCUGGUGAUCUACUACCUGACCACAUUCUACCGUCGUGGCGAGCUGGCUCGUCGCCUGGCUGUUUUCUACGCUGCGUCGAACAUUGCAAACGCUUUCUCCGGACUCAUUGCAUUUGGAGUGUUCCAGAUCAAGGGAUCUAAUAUUCCCAAUUGGCGCUACCUGUUCAUUAUUGAGGGCGGCGUCACUGUUCUAUUCGCUAUAUUUGCCUUCUUAUAUCUCCCACGGAGCGCCGCCGAGGCGAAGUUCUUGUCCGUGGAGGAGAAGGCGCUAGCUUUCCACCGAAUCCAAGUCGACUCCAGCGCAGUGGUCAACGAGGAGUUUAACUUUCGCGAGGCCCUUGGCAUCUUCAAGCACCCCACUACAUACGCCUUCUUGUGCAUUGAAAUCUGUCUCGGUGUGCCUUUGCAGGGUGUCGCGCUCUUCAUGCCGCAGAUCGUCGGGGGAUUGGGUUAUCCCACCGUCAAGACCAACCUGUACACCGUUGCACCAAACGUGACGGGAGCAGUGAUGCUACUGGUGCUCGCCUUCUCCUCUGAUUGGACCAGACUCCGAUCGCCAUUCAUUGUUCUGGGCUUCCUGCUUACUUUCUCCGGGUUCAUGAUUUAUGCAUCCAUUGGUGAUGUCAAGAAUGACAUAAAGGUCGCCUACUUCGCGACUUUCAUGAUGACUUGGGGAACGUCUGCCCCAUCCGUGAUGCUCAGCACCUGGUAUAAUAACAACAUCGCCCACGAGGGUCGCCGUGUACUGUUGACGAGUAUUGGCGUGCCAUUGGCCAACUUGAUGGGAUUGGUGAGCAGCAACUUGUUCCGGAAGCAAGACGCACCCAAGUAUACCCCGGCGCUGAUCAGCGUUGCUGCUUUCGGUGCUACUGGCGCUUGCUUGACGGCUUCACUAGCUCUCUAUAUGUGGUUGGAUAACAAGCGACGCGACCGUAGGGAGGGAGUCACGAUUCGGGCACGGGAUAUUCCAACGGAGCGAAUGAGAGACGGACCGGCAUCUGCUGAGUUCCGAUGGUUUUUGUAA